AUGGAGGGGUUUUCCGGCAGUCCUAGGCUAUCCUCCACUUCCGCCGGACCGGAAGUAGAACAACAACGGUCCGAGUCAAGUGACUGGGGGCGACGCAGCGGGUACCUGCCCCCAGAACAUCCGAUUUCACAGUUACAGGGCGCCUUUGAGGAGUCAAUAUACGAGGCGUCCCAAGGGAAGGGCAUAGACUGGGUUGUUGAUCUUGAUGCACAAUCACGGCGCAGAGAUCUUCUUGAGAGGCCCCAAUAUGAACGUCUCUGUGGACGAAAAUGGCGCCAAAGACCGGAUGAAAGAUAUCAUCCGUUUUGGAAACUCUCCGCGCAGAUGUCAUUUGGUCUUCAUUUGUUGGUGCAAGAAAAAGCCAAGUCUGAUGCAGUAGUCCUAAACAUCCUCCAGGCCCAUGUGGAUCAGAUGGAUGGGUUUGUUUCGAGAACAACCGAAGACUUUCUUAUAAUACAAAUUGACAUACGAACUCGUAUUCAGUACCUGAGUUUACCUCUUGAAAAUCUGGAUGAUUUCGACGACAUGUUAGUGGAUCGCAACUUUCGUUUGGCUAUGAUUGAUUAUAACGGGAAAAUCGAACGCGCAAUUGAACGGUUUACAAUGGCGAUCGACGAUUCACUCAAGGACAUACAAAAAGGACAGGAAGCAAUAGGCGGCCUAUGGCAGUAUCUUGGGCAGUCGGCUAAGGAAAACGCUCCAUUAUCCGGAAAUUUAACCGCUAUAUACAAUUCUAUGCUAGGAAAUACUGAAGGCUGGAAUUCGGCAUUUUCAAAGCUUCGCCGGAAGGGGGUUGCUCUCCAAUAUGCAAUCACCCAACUCAGCCGGGCUAUCAUUGAAAUGCAGCGACGUGUUGGCGUAGCGAGCAGAAAAGAUGUGGUGUCAUUUGUGCAACCCCAACACCCAACACCUCGCAUCAGCUCGUUCAGAGGUUUAUUCGAAAGAGGGAUGUCCGUAUCUAUCCCAAAUUCGUCGCCGGCCUUGGAGAAGCCUCUGCCAUCCGAUCCUGUGUUAGGUAAAAAGUCAAGCCUGCGCCCACGUACCAGGGUCCAUGGUGCGGGCAGACUUGCACACCAGAAGAGCGUUCCAAAUCUAAGGGCUACAGUGACGGUAGGUAGUGGCUGUUUGAAUGAACCGGUAUCUGAUCGGGCAAGAUCUGUAAACGGUGUUCCUUCAAAGGGCUCUGAUUCAGGCUCAAUAUUUCCUCGGCUAUCAAAAACCAUUAGUAGGCGACUGUCAAGAGCUAAGCUCACACCAAGAGUCGCUGAUGACAUCGUGGAAAAUGCUCCAUUCCGUCCCUCCACAUCGAAAACUAUGAAAUCAUUCAGGAAAGACAGACAUGUACAACACCCACGACAACGGCAACAAGAGCCAGCGCAGGAACCGGCUCAAGAGCCACAACCGCAUUCGAGUACGACUAAAAGACCAAAUACAUCUAGCGCAUUAGCAAAGGGAGAAGCUAUGCGAGAUCAACUACUACAAUACUUUAAGUCCGAUCGAGUUCUGGAUGUCUGGGAGAGUGUCAUGGAGAAGGAACAGAAAACAGACCAGACUGACUCUAGAAAGGACGGCCUUUGGAGCAAGUUUCAGGUGAAGUCAUCCGGUAUGCGUUCAGACGAUCUUUCAGCAGAUCUCUUAUCCCGGGACGACAUACAAAAACAGAUGACAUGGCUGGAUGAGGAGUCCAAGAACCUCAAUAUCUACCCCUUGAAGCCUAGGCCUGGGGCUGCCCCUAAAUUUCAUACAAUCUUGGAACACAUCAGCCUUCAAGAACACCCGAAAGAGGAGGAACUCAGAUAUGUGGACGCUGGUUAUUCCCUGGCCUUGGAGACGGAUGAAUCAAUUAUAACGGCUCUUCCUGUCUUUCCUCUUCCUCCCGUGAGAAUUUCAUCUCUACAACGUCUGCAUUUGCUAACUUCUAUAUCUGUAUGGCAGAUCGGCCGCCACGUUCCACACUCUCCGGAGAUCCUCAGUUAA